AUGAUGGACGAUUUUUUUUUCUUCUCCAGUGAAUUUAAACUUGUUUGUGCCUGCAUUAAAUUGAAUGCCUCAGCUUUACAUUGGUUACAUUUACAUUACUUCCUUUCUUCAGCAUCCGCUGUACCUUCCGAACUCCCUGCUCAGAGCGGGGAUAACCAAGGUCUUAAGAAUUGGAUGAUUGCUGUUAUAGCUGGUAUUUCUGGUCUUGUCCUCCUCUUUGUCGUUAUAUUCUUACUUUGUUGGAUCAGUAAAACUCAGAAGAAGAAGAAGGGCUCCGGAGAUGAAGCCGUUGACAUGUCGACUACUUCGAGGUAUGUAAAGAAUGGCCCCCACCAUUCUGACAAGCCUAGCUCUAGCAGGGAAUCUAUUGAAGAUGAUCCAUUCAUUGCUGCGUCCACUUAUUCCCAGAAUUCAGUUGAUAGAAGGGACAGGAAGAGAGAUUCCAGUGUCAACUAUGGAUACCAACCAGACGGUAGAGAACUUAGGCCUAAGCCAACAUUCUUGAUCCAUAUGAUGCCUUAUAAGGACAACGUCUAUCAUCUCUUGGAAUCCCUAAUGCAUAUGUCGAAUUAUGAUUGUCAUAUUGUACACAGGGCGGAAGAAGCCAGUGUAGCACCAAGUGAAAUGAGGUCUAAUCAAGACGGACAUAGAAGUGACAAAGACAAAGGACCUCUUGAUCCAACGGCGAUAUAUGCCAUGCCAGACAAGAAAAAGAAGUUGGAUAAACGAAGUCCUGCAUCCCUUGAAUCGGUUUUUGACCCUUUCAAAGCGAAGGACAAAUCUGCUAAAGGACCAAUUCUACACAAUCCUGGCAACUUGGAUCUUGAUGGCCCCGCUAAUGCAUCUACAAGUGAGGAGCCAAGAAACUUAAUAAUCCCCAUUGAAAUGUUACCUAGCAACCGCCAAACGCCCCAAAAAGAUGAUACAGAAAAUGGAAAAUCAGAGCCUUCAUCACCUCUUAAUUUCACUUUGGAAAAACGUCCACGGAACAGUUCAAGCGGUGCUGCACGUUAUCAGCCGGAGCGGAGUAAACUGCCAUAUAGGAAUGUCCGUGGAGAACUUGUGAGACCAGAUACACUAUCACGAACUUCACAAGACUCGCACGACACAAAACCAGAAACACUUCCAAACCAGUCGAAGACCGUUGGGUCCCAGACUCACAGCAGGGAAUCAUCGGAUGCAAGCUACAUCAUCUGCGUGAUCUGAUGGCGCGGUAAUCUGUCUUCCAAACAGGUCACUAUUGUUGCUUUGAACCCAAGACAUCUAAUUAACGUCCAUACAAGUAUCAAUAACAGCUAUGAGCCCAUCUGAGUACAUAGCUUUCAGAGCUGCAGAAUGACUUCAUUCAAGGAAGACAACUUACGUCCACAUGGCCAGCCUUAAAUUCCAUCUUUGGGCCUGAUUCACUCAACUGGCCCGAUCUAACGAAAAUCUAACGAAAUUCAAAAAAGACUUAACAGUGAACUUAGACAUACUUAUGUACAAUAAAGUUACCGAGGGAAUAUUGCUUGCCAAUAUAUCCCACGUAAGUGAACGGUGAAUUUCGUAGAAUGGCUAAGUGCUGGUUUCCGCUAAACAUUCCGAGUGUUUGCCGUUACACAGACGAAUACAGCGGCUUUGGGGUAUCACAUUUUUCAACCAAAGGGAUACAAUGCAUUUUGACCUUUCCGUAAGUUAAAAUGUUUAUAUUUGUGAAAAAUGCUUUGUGUCGCACAUAAAUGCGUAACAACAUCAAAAUAUAUAAUUAAGAAGGAAACCAACAACUGAAGAAAAGGUAACAUUCAUUAAGUACAUCAAUUUGUGGAAUUUUCGGUUUCAUUAAUAGAGACAUUCUUAUUCUCUCGGUAGUCAAUAUUAAAAAGAAGCUUCCAAAUAUUGUUUCUCGAACAAUUUGACUCGAAUUUUGGUGCACUGUAUGUUAAUAGUAGAGAGGUGAUUAACUUAAUUUUGUAGAGCGUUUCUUUCUUUCGGCAGUUAGUAUCAGGCUUUGGAAGCGUGGUGAAUAGGGGGCAAUUGAGAGAAAUUCGACCAAGGGUUUUUUUUUUGUUAUUCGUUUUGCUACUAUUAAGUAGAAGCAGUAUGUAUUGAAACAGUUUAUUCACCUCCAUGUUGUUAUGAUGAUGGAUAUAUUCUCCACUUUUGGUAUAUAUAAUUUUGAUAGGAAGCGUUCGAAGGCAAAUGCCUCAGUAAUAUUCUGUCAGCUGCUGCUGAAGUUUGUUUCAAUCACACUAUCAGUUAGAGAUAACCAUAGGUAAUUUUGUGAGAUUAUAUUGCUUAAUAGGAAAUCUUUAUUUUUGAUCAGUUCG